AAAGUUUUUUCCACGCGUUUAACUACCCCUUCUCUCGGACAACUUCUUAUCAACUUAUUAAAAGUCUGAUGAUUUUUGUCAAGUGCUUAUGUAACAAGUUUCAGUGAUUUUUCAGCAUACGUCGGUUCUAAAAUCGCAGUGAAACUAUGGCUGGCAAACAGAAGAAAGGCAGUCACUGCAUUGAGAAUCUUCUUGAAAUUGCGUCCACGUCGAAAACAUCGGCCAGAAGGACACAUUCAGGACCUCCGAAAAAGUCCUACUUUCGGCCAAAGACAAGCUUGGUAGAGGAACAUUUAGAACCACUCCCGACGACCACUUUUGAAGAUUUGACGGUCGUAGGAAGGCCCUCCACUUCGAGGGCGAUGAGCAAGGUAGAGGAGCGGAGGCCUGGGAUUAGAAGAGCCGAAAAUAGAGCUAGUCGCCCCUUUGGUCUACCCCAGCUGAAAAAACGAAAACUGGACGAUUCCAGUAUGGCAACCGUUUCUAAAAUUUUUUCAAACUCGCUAGACGAUGAGAAAAAGCGCCGAAAGCCCGAAGACGUAGAACCGCCAAAAUCCCUAAUCUUACCUCAGAAAAAGCGUGUGUUACCUGCUUCAUCAACAACCAGUCCUCUGAAAAAAUGUCAGAAAUUGUUGCCUAAUACGACAUCGGACGAAAGUGCAGCUGAUGAGACUCUUAUUCGAGAAACAGAAGCAGCACUUAAGAAUUUGUCUGGUAGUUGGCCCGGUCCUCGCGGAUCUUCGUAUCAAAAAAAGCAAGACGAGUCUCCAGCUUUUGAAAAUUUGUUUGAUGAGAAAAAGAGUGUUAAAUUGUCGCCUUCUUCUUCGAGUAAUGGCAGCAAUGAUGUGUGCUCUUUAAAAGACGUGAUUACACUUAGAGAACCGCAUGAAGAAGAGGAAUUGAAGGGUAGGACGAGGAUCAAGUUGGAAGAUGAAGGAAAGAUUAAAAUCAAACAUGAAACAUCACAAUACGAACCACCGGAUUUUAACGAGUUAGUGGACGACUCCUCCAAUGAACUUGAAAUUGACAUGUCGGAAUCGGCUUCGGAGAACAACGAUAACAAGAAGGAGAAAAAAGUUGAUUGCGAUGACGGAAAAACUGGCCCUUUGCCGGCAGAAGCGACGUUUGUCGGUUAUCCGAUUGCCACUGAUGAUAAAAGUAAAGUGGUCAAGGAUGUGGAAAAAUCUUCGGAGGACGUAAACAAGCAGUAUACAAUUUUACAGCCAGCUGCAGCGGGCUCAAGAGCAGCUAAUGCUCUUCAAGAAGUGGCUAGGGAAGGCGUACCAAGUGUAACAGCCGUCGCCAACGAACCCAAAAUGAUUACGUCAACAGCAGCGCUCUCCCCCAAUAGCAUAGGAAAGGAAGGAAGCAAAUGUCCGACUCCAGGAUGCACGGGCCAAGGUCAUGUAACAGGACUCUAUUCUCAUCACCGAAGUUUGUCCGGAUGUCCACGUAAAGAUAAAGUAACACCAGAAAUCCUCGCCAUGCACGAAACCAUCCUCAAGUGUCCCACUCCAGGCUGCAAUGGGCGAGGUCAUGUAAGCUCCAACCGAAAUUCCCAUCGAAGUCUUUCCGGUUGUCCCAUUGCUGCGGCGAACAAACAGGCCGCACGUGAGCAAAAAUACCAAAGCAAUCUGCAUCGUAUCAAAUCGCCCCAUACCUCCGCGUUCGCCGUGGCAGGUCAAAGUGAAUUUGUCCCACACUCGUCUAGUUCUGAAGACGUAAAACCUAGUUAUUUGGUCAGCUACCAACACUCGGACCAAGAAACUAAAUCCUCAUAUGAACAUUUCUACAGUAAAGCAAACCCAUCUCACAAGUCAGACUUAAUGAAAAUUCCAAAGACCGAAAUAAAUCAAAGCAGUUGCUGUAGUGUUUCCGGCCAAACUGAACUUUUAGUACCUAAAUCAGAAAUCAAUGCUAGUACUUGUCGAUCAUCUCCAAGUAUAAGGAGUACUUAUGAACCAUAUAUAAAUCAAGACUCAAAUUCGUCGUCUUUAUCGAGUAUGGAUACUGUCAAUUCGCGAGGACCUCCACACCAAAUUCAUCAUUUGAGCCCACAUCAAAGUAAUUACGGUAUAGAGCAUCAAAUACCUCAUCGUUCACCUUACCACCAAAUGUCUGAUGAAAUGUAUCAUAGAUCAGACAGAUCAUAUACAGAUAUAACAGAUUCGAUAGGAGGUACUAUUCCAAGACCAGUGGUUACGUAUUCUAAUGAAAUUGUAACACGAUCUUAUGAUUCUUCUGUGGUUAAUUCAGCAAGUCAUAGACCUUAUGAUCCUGGUACUGCUACAGCAUUCGAAAGAUACGAUUCGGCACAAUGUCUAGCAAUGCAACAGGGUUUAGUACCACCAAGAGUACCUCCACAAGGAAUGUAUGGAUAUGCUGCGAUGGAAGAACAACAGGACCAAAGGUACCAACAAGAAGGUGUGAGUGUACACCAUCAAAUUGCCCCUCAACAAGGGUUAUUGAAGACUGAAGCAAGUCAAGAAGCAUCUGGACCUCUCUAUCCUAGACCAAUGUACCAAUAUGAUUCGUCUGGCGGUCCCCCACUCCCUCUCGGCUUUUCCGCAAUCAACUUAUCUGUCAAAUGUGUAACAACAGCUCAAGCACAAAUAAAAAUACCAGGUCCUCAUACGUCCCCUGGCGGAACAGUUAUCGACCUGUCGACAUCGAGUGUUACAACAACGAGCCCACAGGUGGCCUACAGUUCACCACAUUAUGGCGGUCAGCGAGUGAGUGGAAGUCCGCAAGCUGCUGCCAGUCCACAUCUUUCAGCUAGUCCUCAAGUUCCUAGUCCGCAAGGUCAAACUUUAGAUCUUAGCGUCAGCAGAUUGUCCCACAGCAGUAAUACAAGUCCUCAGUACCAAAAUGGUCAUGGCGACAGUGUUCCGGUGCAAGGGUUUGUGGGUCCCCGUGACGAGCAAACCGAACCCGUCGACUUUUCAACUGCAAAUGAACCUGUCAAUUUUAGUGGAGUUCGACCUGUUGCAACCUUUGCUGGUACUGUACUUACCCCCGGAUCGGGUUACAGCCGAGAAUCCACCCCUGACAGCGGGGGAUCACACUACAUGGACGCUUACAGAGAUUCCGCAGGCUACGGCCCUAUGAGUCCCCACCCUGGCUAUGGUAUGACAUCAGUCGGCAGCGAUUAUAGCUCAAAUCCAUAUACGCCUUACCCCACCAGUGGGUAUUCCUGUGCGGGGGGAUACCCUGGUUCAGUAACUACAGGGUAUCCCGCACCUCCAGGAGCUUACUCCCCUGGUCCCUGUUACUCGAUGCCUCCGCCUCAGCACACAAUUUCUCAACAUGACAAACCAACAAAUAAAGACAGCAGUUUGUCUGGUUGUCCGAGGGCCGAUAGAAGUCAAAUCCAAGCCCAUUCUCAGGAAUUAAAAUGCCCGACUCCAGGAUGCGACGGUUCUGGACAUGUCACUGGAAACUACUCUUCACAUAGGAGUCUUUCAGGAUGUCCGAGAGCAAACAAGCCGAAAAGUAAACCGCGUGAUGGACAAGACAGUGAACCGCUAAGAUGUCCCAUUCCGGGUUGUGAUGGUUCUGGACAUGCGACUGGAAAAUUUUUGUCGCACCGAAGUGCAUCUGGUUGUCCCAUUGCAAAUCGGAACAAAAUGCGAGUACUAGAAAGUGGAGGAUCAGUGGAACAGCACAAGGCGGCGGUAGCUGCAGCAACUGCAAUGAAAUUUGAAGGAGUCAAUUGUCCCACUCCCGGCUGUGAUGGUACGGGACAUAUAAAUGGUUCUUUUUUAACCCAUCGUUCUUUGAGCGGCUGUCCUGUGGCAGGACAGUCUAUUAAAAAAGCAAAAUUUCCCGAGGAAAUGCCUUUUUACACGAAAGGAUAUACAGGUUUGGAGCAGCCUAAUAACGGUGAAGAUCUAAUGACAUUGGAGGCCGAAAUAACAGAACUCCAAAGAGAAAAUGCAAGAGUUGAAUCUCAAAUGAUUAAACUGAAAUCUGACAUUAAUGCCAUGGAAAGUCAUCUCAGUCACGGGGAAAAGGAAACUCAAGCAUUGACUCAGCGCUCCAACAAUCUAAACGAAUACUACGAAAGCUUGAGAAACAACGUGAUAACGCUAUUAGAACAUGUCCGAUUGCCUGGCGGUGGUGCUCCAACGCCUGAGAAAAUCGGUCAAGAAAAUUUCGAUUCAUACUUGACCAAACUGCAAACACUCUGCACACCAGAAGGAUACUGUAGUGAUGAAAAUAGGCCACUGUAUGAAACUGUCAAGUGUGCAUUACAAGAUUUUACGGUCCUUCCAACGCCUAUAUAAGUGUAUGUGAGUGUUGAAAUCUGGCAUUGGCAAGUAUGUAGUGUGUAAACCAUCUAUGCCAGAUUUUCCAAGUUAAAUCAUUUGUACGUAAUUAUAAAUUGUGAUUUAAUGUAAAUAACGUUCAUUUGUAUAGAUAAUACUGGAUUAUUAUUAUGCUGUAUAUUUUUAACUGUACAUAUUAAAAGGAUACGAAGACGAACCUUAAAUGUAUAAACGUUUGUUGAUUUGUAUAAUUUUGUUUUAAUCCACUUUCUCGUCUGCAUUAUUUGUUAGUAGACAUUAGAAAUUUUUACUUUCCUAAGUGGCAGAAAAAUAUGUAGAUCCUUGUCAUUGCCAUAUUUUUAGAUCUGUGAUUUGUAAUUAAGUGAAUUGAUUUUGUCUAGACUCCAGUGUUAUUUGUAAUAGUAUAAUAAGUAUAAUAUAAUGUGCAAUACGCAGUAAAAAACUCGGAUGAAAUGCAAGUUUUUUACUACUCUCAACUCGUUAUUAUCCAUGCCAAGUUUCUUGUUUUGUUAUUAUUUUUUAUUACUCAAAUAAAGUUUUUUACUGUGCUGUUUACUACUAAAUUGUUGUGUAAUGUGUAAAUAAAAUAAAUGAGCAUAGCCACUCUUAUCAUUAAAUAUUAUUUGUUCACACCAAAUGUCUAUGUUAACAUAAAUACAUGUGUUGUUAUUUAUUACAAAUAAACUCUAAAAGAAGUAGC